AUGAUAGAAGAAGUUCACUCCAAUAUUCCGAUUACGGAAGGAGGCGCUACAGGGCUUGAUGAAGACCAUCACUCCCGCUGGACUCACUACAAGCUGGUGCUACUUGAUUCCAGUGCUCCAUUGCUAUGUGCUGGGAUCACAACUUACAACCCCCUCAAACACUACAGACCAAACAAGCCUGGUAUGAAGAUUAGGAUAGGUUGUCUUGGUGGACUCGGUCAUGUUGCGGUGAAGAUAGCCAAGGAUAUUACGGCAGAAGUUAUGGGUUUUAGUACGAACCCAGUGAAGACAGAGGAAGCACUUGACGGGCUUAAAGCUGACCAUUUCAUUGUUAACAAAGACUUGGACCAAAUGCAGGUCAACAACACGCCUUUUACUUAG